UAUGUGCGAUCUCUUCCUUUUGCGUUAGAUACUUCAUCUAUAAGCCACGUGCGAAAAGAGUAUAAGCGAAUAUGGAUAAACCAGUCGUUUUGGCACGCGUAAUCAAAGUCCUGGGUCGCACUGGUUCACAGGGACAGUGCACGCAGGUGAAAGUGGAGUUUCUGGGCGAACAAAAUCGCCAGAUAAUUAGGAACGUGAAGGGACCGGUACGGGAAGGCGAUCUCCUAACCUUGCUCGAGUCUGAGCGCGAAGCGAGAAGACUUCGAUAAGGACAGCAGUUUUUAAUUAAUAUUGGAAAACGGUCGCCAGCCACCACCGGACUUCAUCAGCUAUGGAUUUUCUACGUGAAUCCUCCACACAUGGAUCCUCGAUCGUCGACGAUGAUGAGUAUUCCUGUCACGUGUCUCCGGAGAAGAUACUACAGAUCGCGAAACGCAUUUUACUCUUUGAAACAUUCCUAAUGCAAUAAAAAUUCCACGAUAUUUUCAAUAAAUAAUCACGGCUGGUAACCACAAA